GCGGUUUCCUGGACACGGCGGCGUCCGUGCAAAAGCAGGGGCAUGGCUGUUAUUGGAAAAAACUAACCGCAAUAUGCCAGAGGCUUCUGAAUGGAAUAAGUCAUCUGUACUGCAAAAUGCAAGUGGAACACAACAGAUGUCAUAUAAAUUAAGUUUGAAAAUAAGUCCUGAAAUGAAGUCUGUGUGAAAAACAAAGCUCUGAUCAAUUGGUUUAACUGAAGAAAAUGGCCUCCACAGAAAAUCUUCGUGAGAAGAUUAAAAAUAAGCGAAAGGCACUGCAAGCAUCUCUAACUGGGAACAGAGAAGUCAAUGAUACUUGGGGAUUGGUUUCUGCAGAAAUGGAAAAUGGUACAAGAAAUGAAAAUGCUACUGUUGUGGAGGUUAUUCAGAAUGAGGAUGAACAGGUAGAGAACCUCAAACAGACCAUGAAAGCCCAAAGACGGCGAAGAAAAAAGCCUCUUAUGGAUGACAUUGAUAUAAAUCGUGAAGAAUCUACGCAUGACGGCACCAAAAUCACUCGUCGUCAGAGAUCUCUUCCUCCUCUUGCUGUGUCCACCCCAAGUACUAGUUUUGCUGAAUACUCCAUGCGAGAGAAAAUGAGGGAAAAACUGAAAGCAGCCAGGUCUAAGGCUCAGAGUGCCAUCCAGCAAGAGGAAGAGAAUGUACCUCGGUGCCUAACAGACCUCAGAGACCAAGCAUCAGUCACUCAAUUUGACACUGAGGUAGAUGAAGAGGAUGUGAAGAGACUAAGAGGUGUGGAAUCACCCGUUCCUUCAAGGGUUAAGUUUCGUGAGGUAGCAAGUAGAUUGAAGCAGAAACCAAAGGAUGGGUUUCCAUCUGCUGAGGAGGCAUAUAACUUCUUCACCUUCAAUUUUGAUCCUGAACCUGAAGAGUUAGAGGAAGAGACAAAAGUGGAGAAUCAACCAAAAACACUUCAUAAGGAAGGCCAGGGUGAAGAAGAGUUAGAGGAUGGCGGUGAAGAGUCUGCGGUCAGCAAAGGUGGGGAAAAGGAGGAAGAAGAAAAGGAAGAGCAUCAACCACUUGUAAAAGAAAAUGGGGAUGAUGAGGAUGACUAUCUCUUUAUAAUUGAUCAGACAGCUCGUGAUUUUCUUGUAGUGAAAGCUCCUGAUUACAAAGGCUACCACAAUCAACGGGAGAAAGAUAGAAAAGUCCUUUUUACCCCCAGUAUUCUAUCAGUGUCCAUGUCGGAGAAAGUUCCUGAAAACAUGCAACCAAGGUUUCUCGAAGAUGAAGGUAUAUAUGUUGGAGAAAAACCAAAAGUUUCCAAAUUAAACCAGAAUAUUCUUGAGAAUCGACUACUUAAAAAUGAGGAGGGAAAAAAAUGGUUUGGAAGUGAUGGCAGAAUUAUAGCCUUAGCUAACCCAAUUAAACAGACCAAAACCAGACCUCCUAUUUUCUCUCCCCACGAUGAAGUGGAUCCUGCAAUAGAAACUUUAUAUAGAAAGGCUGAGAAGCCCAAAUACAAUAAUCAAUAUAUCACUGGCUCAGCAGAGCUACAGGGACACUUUCAACUGGACAUUGAUGUUGCUGGUAUUGUGUACACCCACCACCCAAUGUUCAGUCGUGAGCAUGUAUUGGCGGCCAAACUGGCUCAACUGUAUGAUCAGUACCAACUUCGACAACAGAAGAACCUUGCCAGCCUUUACUCUGACAAGUUGCGUGCUCUAAGGAAUGCAGUGAACAACAUUGCAGACGGCCGAAGUGUGCAGAAUUCAUUGGCACAGCACAGACUUGUGGAAUAUAAAUCAGAGAUCCGAGCAACCCGAAGAAUGUGUCACGUGGAACAAGAGAAAGAUCGGACCCUGCUGAAGAAUAUUGUCAAAGUAUGGAAAGACAUCAAGUCGCUUAGGGAGUUCCAGAAAUUCACCAACACACCAGUGAAGCUACAUCUUAGAAGGCAAGAAGUUAACAGGAAAGCUGAUGAAGUAAGUUACAAAUGUGAAAUCCAGGCUGAGGUUGCAGAACUUCUGGAAGACUAUCAAGAAGACUAUGAGAAUAAGAUGGAAGAAUAUAAAAGAAAGUAUGAGGAAUGGAAAACCUGGAAAAAGGCAAAAAAAGCAAAGAAAAAAAAGAAGAAAGGUGCAGAUGAGCAGCAGGCUGAUGACACAGAUGAGAGUUUGAUGGUUGAAGAAUUUCCAAAGCCUGAUCCUCCAGAGCCAGUUGAUCCUUCAAUCAUAGAGCAGCAAGUCCGAGAAACAGCCGCCAGAAUUUAUCGGAAACCGGGAGAACCUGUCCUGUCUCCUGAACUGAGCAUGACAGCUACAGUAACACCCACCAGUCAGUGCCCAAGAGGAGAACAACUGCGAAGACAGGAUGUACAGCGAUGCACUCUAUUUGCUAAAGUUCUCUUUAACAACAAGGAGGUAUCCAGGACUAGUAGUCGAACAUUGGGCGCUGAUUUUAGAAUUCAUUUUGGACAAAUCUUCAACAUGCAAAUAGUCAACUGGCCAGAAAGUAUAAAGAUUCAGAUAUUUGAAACUGUGGGGACAAACACCACAAAGAUAGAAGUCUUUGUUCCCAUCCCAGAAACCAGCAUCCUCACAGGGAGUGCCCCAAUUGAUGAAAUUGAGUUUAGUAAUGAUCAUCGUGUGAUGUUUGACCAUGAGGGUGUUGGCAGCGGUGUGCCAUUUUCCUUUGAAGCUGAUGGAAGCAAUCAGUUGAUCCUAUUAACCUCCGGCAAACUAGCUUGUAGUGUGUCCUGGGCAGUGGGUGAGGAUGGUGUGCCAUUGGUGCCUCCAAUGCUUCGGAAAAAUUAUGGGAUUCAAAGCACCUUAAAAUACUUGGAUGCCAUAUCAUCUAUUGGAGCAACUGGAUUAACGGACACAAAGAAACUGGCUAAAUGGGCAGCAGAGUCGAGGCUUGAUCCAAAUGAUCCCAGCAAUGCAGCUCUGAUGCAACUAAUAAUGUCUGCAACAAAUGGUGAGGAACAGGACAAGGAUUACUUCACUGAGCACCUACAAGAAGAAUUUAACUUUGUUUCAGAAGAAGAUUUGAACAAAUCCAAGAGAUUUCGACUGCUACAACUCCGAAAUGGAGAGAGUGACAGAGUGCGGGACUCUGUAACAAGUAGGUUUCUGCUGGCAAAGCAUCAUUAUACCUUGUCAAAUAUGGUUAUUGAGGAAGCGGUCCCCAGCAUAAGCCUAUUGGUGUCAAUCUGUUCAAAACUGGCUGAACCAAGGAGGCCACUUAGACCACGAAGAAAAGAAAGGAAGAAAGUCACUGCCCAGAACCUUUCUGAUGGAGAUAUUAAACUACUGGUGAACAUUAUUAGAGCCUAUGACAUACCAAUACGUAAAUCCAUAGGAGCAUUAAGUUCCAGAUCGGCUAGAUCUUUAACGAAACGUUUUCAACCUCCUCAGCCACCCCAGACAUCCUCUCAAAGCCAUGAAUGGUUUACUGACCAGAUUACAGUGCAUCCUUUUGUGGAGGUUUCAUUCCAGCGUACAGUUCGUCAAACUGCUACUCUAGAUGGUCCAAACCCUAACUGGAAUGAAGAACUGGAACUUCCAUUCAGAGCACCAAACGGAGACUAUAGUACUUCCAGUCUGCAGUCUGUUACAGACGAAGUUUUUAUCAAUGUUUUUGAUGAAGUUGUUUAUGAUGUUCUCGAGGAUGAAAGAGAACGUGGAAGUGGUGUUCACACCCGUAUUGAGAGACACUGGUUGGGUGUUGUCCAUAUCCCAUUUACUACCAUCUACUCCCAGUCCCGGAUUGACGGAACCUUCAGAAUUAAUACACCCCCGGUACUUCUAGGAUACAGCAAAGAGCGCAAUCUAGCCAGUGAAAGAGGAUGGGAGGCAGUUCGGAGUUUAAGUGAAGGUUCUUAUUUGUCUCUCUUCAUUACUGUUGAACCUCAUCUUGUACCUGGAGAACCUGUAGUUGAAAAGUUUGAGACACAGGAGGAUGAGAAACUACUGCAAAGGGCAGAUAAGUUCCAGAAGGAAGUCAUGAAAAAGUUCCCAAAUCGUCGAUGUGUUACAACUGUCACUGAUCUCACUGGCAAGAUGGUUUUUGUUACAAGGUUCAUUAAACCACUCUUUCCACCACAAGAGCUGCUGGAUGUGUUUCCUAAUAACCCUGAGGCUACAACAGAGCUGGUGGCUCGUUACGUUUCUCUGAUCCCCUUCCUACCAGACAGUGUUUCUUUUGCUGGUGUCUGUGACUUAUGGUGCACUUCAGAUCAAUUCCUGAGCUUGCUUGCUGGUGAUGAGGAGGAACAUGCAGUUCUGCUCUGUAACUAUUUCCUCGCACUGGGAAAGAAAGCUUGGCUGGUGAUAGGGACAGCCAUCCCUGAGGGUCCAACAGCGUAUGUGCUGAGCUAUGAACAGAAUCAAUAUGUGAUCUGGAACUCUACUACUGGACAGUACUAUGGACAAUUUGAUGCAUUCUGUCCUUUGCAGAGUGUCAGCUGCUUGAUUAGUGCUGACAAUGUCUGGUUCAAUGUGCAGAAAUAUGAAACUGUUAUGAGAAUAAAUUUUGACACCAGCAAGUCAAACAUGUGGAAGCCAUUUUUUUCGAGAAGCUUUCCUUUCCCAGGCCUAUCAAGUGUUCAGCCAGAAGAGCUGGUAUAUCACCAGACUGACAAGGUUGCUGCAGUAGAACUUCAGGACAAGAUUGAAAAGAUCCUGAAAGAGAAGAUUAUGGAAUGGAGACCAAGACAUCCAACCCGCUGGAACAGAUACUGUACCUCUACUCUACGGCAAUUCCUGCCUAAACUUGAGCUCAGCCAAGGGGCAGAGGUCGGAGAUGACCAUUGUGCAGAACUGCAGAAUCUGUUGGGAGAUUACAGGAUUUCUGGGUUUCCUAUUCACAUGUCUUUCUCUGAACUGAAGCCAAUCAUUGAAGCGGUACACAGCACUGGCGUCCAUAACACGGAGACCCCUCUCGCAGAGUUUGCUUUAGCUGUGUACAUUCACCCAUAUCCCAACAACGUUUUAUCUGUCUGGAUUUAUGUGGCAUCCUUGGUCCGCAACAGAUGACAUACACAAUGAGUUGUAAUCUUUGCCAUCUUGAUCUGAGCAGGAAUGCAUACUUCGAUCAUUGUGCCUUGCCUUAUGAAUUGUACAGAAGCCAACAGUACUUCCUCAUUUGCUUUUGGUGUAAUGCAGAUCAGAUGUAAUACCAUAUGGAAAACAAUACUAUUUUAUCAUAUUCAAUUUUAUAUCAAAAUUCUGUAUCUUAAUUUUGUACAUGCAUAUUUCUUGCACAUCCAUGUAAAAUACAACUUUAUACAUGAAAACUGGCGAGUCAUUCCUCAUAAUGCAAACAAACCCGAUUCCUUCCCCCAUCUUGCUUUAUAGUGAAAUUGUCAUGUGACAUAUAAUUUUAGAUGUAAUUGAGAACUUGGAUAUGGCAACCUGUGCUUUACAUCAGAGCACUGUUGCUCAGAAAUGUCAUGUCAAGAAAUAAACAGAGAAUCAUGGAAGUACUCAGCAAGUUAGGCAGUAUCUGUGGAGAAAGAAAUACAUUUAAUAUGUCAGCUCAAUGAUGUGUCAUCAAAACUGGCCAGUUCUGACAAACUGGAAAGGCAGAAUAUCUGAAGUUGUUGAGGGCGAUAAUGUGCCCAGUCAGAAGAUGCAAUCUUGUUUCUCAAGCUUGUAUUGAGCUUCCUUGGUACAAUGUAAGAGGACAGAGGUCAGAGUGGGACGGAGAAUUAAGUGUUUAUUGCUGCCCACUGCUUGUAUUGAACUGUUGCAUUGCAUUAACCACACUAUACCUUUUGUAUGCAAUUCAGUUCAUUUUUUUCAAUUCUAUAAGAUGACUUAGUUUUACAAUUGCAGUUAAAAUUGUAACCUUAGUCUUCAAUUUAGAUUUUUUUCCUUUCCUUUCUGUUAGGGUAUAUUGUGUACAUGUUUAAAGCUUAAACUUGGUAAUACCUUUUUCAUUGAUUUCUACUUUCUCUCAUUUCCCUUACCUUAUGCUCACUGUGAAAACGUUUCAUCCUGCUUCCUCAAUUUAAAAAUAUGAUUUUGAUUUUUAUUCCUAAGUGCAUUUAAGAGAACCACUGUUUGAUAAAAACAGAUCUUAAAACAUAGCAGAAGUCUCUAAAUACUACAAGGCCAAGCCAAAGGCAGAAAACUGCUGACUUGACCUAUGUAUUACUAAGAAUUGCUGUUUCUGAAAUAGAUCUCACAUGUUACUGAGCAAUAUACAAGCUUAAAGUUUCCAUUAUGUGUGCAAUCAACAAUCUGAGUUUGACACAUACUUUACCAAGAUGGAGUUAACAUCCAUAUUUGCACUCAAACAUGAGAACAUAAACUCAACCACAAAACUGGCAAAGGAUCACCGUACUUGUGCAGCAGGAGCAGUUGCAGUCAAUUAUUGACUGGAAUGUAACUUUCUAUUGCUGGGCUUUUAAAAAAAAGUGAACAUUUCUUCCAGUAUUUGCUGCAGCUGAAUAAACAGACAAGCCAAGGACAGAUUAAUUAACUCAGUUUAAAGUCAUUUUAACUGUGUUUAAAAUAUUAAAGGGACUAAUAUGGGGAACAAAUCUGAAGAGGUUUCAGUUGACUGUUAGUUGAUGUAACUGCAAGCAAUUAUGAGAAAUUCAUGUCACAGCAGGAGAAUCUAAACACCUCCCUAAAUGGGUGCAGUUAAUGGAAACCUUUCAUUACACUCAGGGAUGUGGUUAUGAUCAUGGAUAGAAGUUACCUUGGCCAAUGUAAAAGUAAUUGGAAAUCAAUUUAGGGUUAAAAUUGCACAAUAUUUAAUGUGGUUUAAUUUAAUGAUGUCCACAUUCUGUUGUUAUUUGUACAGAUAUCUCAUGGAAAAUCUGGGCCACUAUAUUGCAACUUCUCUAUUUAUCCCAGUUAAUAGUGGUUACUUUAGCACACAGGAUAUAGCUUAGUUUGUAGGGUUUGAUAGCUGUGAAAUAAUUCUGUUUAUAUAUUGUGAAUAUUACGGAAUUGACAUUUUGUGUUCAGAUAAUAUUUUAGAGUGUACAGUACAAUAUUCAAGUAAUAAUAAUGAUGGUGAUUAUUUCCCAGGACAGACUUUUCUGGUAGAAGAAACAGAUCUAACGAUAUACAUUUUGUAGGUGUUACAUUUCUGACACUUUUAAUAAAGUAAAACAAGGUGCAAAGGAAGAUAUAAAUUGCAACUCAAAUAUUUACACCAAAUGGACCACACUUGAUAUUUAUCUUCAUCUUGAGCAGUGGCUGUAAUCCCAUUCUGCGUUUUUCUUCAUGUUCCUUUUAUUGUCUUAGCCAAAUAACUAUAGGUUCCCAUAUAUUAACAUGGCCUCUUCUUGGGUUAUUGUACAGAUAGUAUAGCCCUCAGCCUCAGCCCUCUGUGUAAAAUAGAAAACAUCUUCUGUUUUCUAUCUUAAUUCUCUUGUGUAAUUUUAUAUCAUCUCAUUCCACACCUCUACUAUUGGAAUUUUUCUAUCCACUCUUGCCAUCCAUUUUCAAAUUUUAAAUCUCUAUGAGACAUGUUCUAAUGAAAACAAACUCAAUUUAUAUUUUCUCAUACCAGACCACUUGUGAUUUACAUUGUUGCUUCAAUAUCCUUCCUAUUGUAUGGUGACCAGGUACUCCCAGCAGUAGAAUAAUGAAGAUUUUACAUGAUGUCACAGUUGGGUCCCAGCAUCUGUAUUCUACACAUUUGCCAUUAUCUAUUUAUGAUUCUACAAUUUAUGAACUUGUGCAUUAUGACUUUAUAAUUAUAAAUAUAUGAUUUUAUCCACUUUUGUACUUUUAUACAAAAAAUCUCAUUCAGUUUUGAUAUAAUGGAAAUGGACUCUACUUAUCAAUG